GUCCAGUAACAAAAAAUGGGCCUAAAGCUUAUAAGGUCGAGACUCGACUGUACUCUAAAACCCGAAACUGGUUUCAACAGAGAAAUGGGGGAGUGCAACAGCGGCAGCAGUAGCGAGGAAGAUGGAGACUUGGAGUGGAAAGCAGCCAUCAGCUCAGCCGCUGCGGGGGCGUCCUCUUUUAUGUCUUCCCUCGUCAACGGCGUUUCUGCUACCGAAAAUAAUGGAGGCGGCGGUGGAGAUAACAAGCAGAGUAAAACCCAGCAGCAGCUUCCCAAGCACUACCAAAUCAAGGCACAAAAGAUUUUGGAUGAAAUAAUAGGAAAGAAUUUGGAGAUUGUUAGCGAUCCCCUGAUUCAUUUACCAGAUGAUGAGCCUAUGGGGGAUAAUGAAGAGGAAGGUUGUAUUCGCUUGUUCAAAAAUGCUCCCCCUGGGAUUGUGUUCGAUCAUGUAGAUCCACAGCCGCUGAGAAGGAGACCAAGAAUUCUACCUGGAAAAGUAAUUAAUGAGAAAUCGAAGAAGUUUAAACGACAACUCCAAUCUGUUGCUGUUGAUGGGAAGGAUAUAUUGGCUGCCGCAAGAGAUAAAUGCCAGACAUCAUUGUCUAGGCAAGAAGCGAAAGAUGCAGCAGCAAAAGCAGCAGCAAAAAGAGAAGAGGAAAGAGUUGCACAACUGAAGAAAAUUAGGGGCGAGAAAUGGCUACCUUGUAUUGCCAAAGAAAUGAAGUUGAAAUCCAAUCAUUGAAAUGCCUUAAUCGUUGCACUCACUUUGGAUUGCCACAUAGACGUCCUAGACAAACAAAUGUAGCACCGGCAAAUAGACAUGACGUUUGUUACCUGGUAAUUCUUUAGAUCGAUUUGACGAGUUUGAGCUCAAAGCGGGAUUUCCUUUUUACCCUUUU